AUUUUAACAUUUGUACAGAUGUACAAUGCUGUUCUUAAAUCGUUCAAUAGCUGUUAUUUGUGUACAUUUUUUGAUUAUUACGCAUAAUAAGCAUACGAUAAAUGGUCAAGGAGUGGAAAAUGAAGGAAAUAAAUCGGUGCUAUCGGCAAGUCUUUAUUCAAAGAUAUUUAAGGAACGCCGUAAUGAGCAUCAAACAGUAAUAAAAAACAUGAUUACAUCACAAAAUUAUGAAAAAAACUUUAAGCUGUUAACGCUAGCCUAUGGUAAAAUCUUUCAACUUAUCAGGGACAGUAAUAUUACAAUGACAUCAUAUGCCUAUGAACCUUUACGGGACGGAUUUCCUCAAAAUAGUAAUUUACAGGAUGCAGUCAGCACUGUAAUGGAAAAUUGCUGCAUAGCUGCCGAAAGUCUUAUACAUUUUCCAGAAAUAAGUUAUAGAAUUUUUGGUAAACAGUAUUUGGAAUGGAAAUUGAUGCUGAAUUGGUGUUAUGAGUUUGUUAACUCUUUCCCACACAUAAUUGAUGAAUCUACUGCCAAAUUGAUGACAAUUUUAUUUCAAGAGAUCAACGAAGAAUUUCGUAACCCUGAAUAUGUAAAUCCUUACCAUGAAGCAUCUAAACAUCAAGAAAAGAAAAAGGAAAAUAAACGCCAUAAGAAGCUUAAGAAAGGUCCAUCUUUAAGCGGAGGCAAAAAAGAGUUAUAAA